AUGGGAACUCAGGCAAUGCCGUCCGGUGGGGCCAUCUCGCGCCAGGGCUCGCUCUGCAGCCUCACGCUGAGCGACGUCGAGGGCCAGCUGCACGGCGUCAACCUCGACGACCUCCUCCGCACGGCCGGCUCGGCCAGGAGGACGGCUGACGAGGUGUGGCGGGACAUCCACGGCGCCGACGGCGGCACCAGCCGACCGCGGGCCCAGAUGACGCUGGAGGACUUCCUGUCCAGGCCCGGCGGCGACGCGGGGGGCGCCCACUGGGCCGAGCAGUACAAUCCCCCGGCCCCGGUCCCGGUGCCGGGGCAGCAGCGCCACAACAACGUCGCCCGUCCCCUCCCGCGGCCGCUGGGGGUGGGCGCCGGGCCGGUGCUGGACGCGCUGUACCACGACCACGACGGGGCCACCAUGUCCGGGCAGAAGCGUGCCGCCGUGGGCGGCCCCGGGGAGAAGACGGUGGAGCGGCGAAAGAAGCGGAUGAUCAAGAACCGGGAGUCGGCGGCGAGGUCGCGCGCGAGGAAGCAGGCGUACACGAACGAGCUCGAGAACAAGAUCUCCCGACUGGAAGAGGAGAACGAGCAGCUCAGGAGUUACAAGGCAUUCGAACCGGUGGUGCACUGUGUGCCGCAGCAGGAGCCGAAGAACCAGCUCCGGCGGAGGAACUCGGCCAGCUUCUGA